AAACUCCUUGAAAGAACCCGUGCAAGGCGAGAGAACCUGCAGAAGAAAAUGGCUGAGCGGCCCAAGAUGGGAAUGAGACCCACAAUGCAGACCAAGAGGGUCAGAGAACCUUUGUUAGAAACUGGGAACCAGGCACCCCUUCCUGGUGAAGAAGAAAAACCUGGUACGAAGCCAUCGCCAUCAAAGAGGCUGUGCCCUGACAGUAUGGAGACUCAGGCUUCCAGUUCUGAGAACAUACAGCCAGUUCCUUCAGGUUCCACAAACCAUCGUUCUCCUGAGGUGGCUUCAGAGCUGAAUGUAACUGCUUCUAACAGGGCUUCAUUGGUUCAGCCUCUGGAGAACGGAAGAACAAAGACAGGGUCAGAAACUCCUGCAGCCCUUUCAGUCAAAAGACGAAUGCAGAAACUGGCAGAACAGCGGCGUUGCUGGGAUAGUGAGGAUCCCUCUGAAUGUGUUCCUCUGUCUCCCCUCCAAUCAAAAGAUCUGUGUGUUUCUCCACCUAAGCAGGCAUCUAAUGCCCUGGCAAGUGAUACCCCUAUUGGGAGAAGAGGCCGUUUAGCGAACCUUGCUGCUACAAUUGGUUCCUGGGAAGAUGACCUAAGUCAUCCAUCUGCAAAGCAAAACAAUGCACAAGAACAGCCUGGCACUACUUGUUUAUCCAAAUUGUCCACUACAAGUGGAGCAUCUGCUAGAAUCAAUAGUAGCAGUGUAAAGCAGGAAGCUGCAUCCUGGUCUCAAAGGCUUGUUGAGGCUUCUAUUAAUAAACCAGCAAACUCCAAGAUAGCGGAUCCAAAUGAUUUUGUAACACAAUCCUCAAGAGUCACUGUUCCUUCUUCUAAGCCAUCUGAAGUACAACAACCGCUAUCAAAGAAUCCCUGCAGCCCUCAGAAAACUGAAAAACAUACACAAACCGCAAAAGCAACUUUGCCUCAACCAGUUCAGUCCAAAGAAGAGCCAGUCAAAGGAACACAUGUGCAACUCGAACCUAAGGGCAAACCCACAACACCAGGGGGAUCAGCAAUUAAGCCCUUCCUGGAACGCUUUGGAGAGCGCUGUCAAGAGCGUAGCGCACGGAGUCCUGCUUCCAGUACUCCAGGGUGCAGAACACCCGUUGUUACACCAAAUACGAGGACAAUCCAGGAAAGACUUCUCAAACAAAAUGAGAAUUCCUCUACUGCCAGUUUAGCUCUUCAGCUCAAGCAGGAACGUGAACGAGAGCUCGCAUGCCUUCGUGGCCGGUUUGAUAGGGGUAAUCUGUGGAGUGCAGAGAAAAGUGGAAGUUCAAAGAAAAAGCUUCCAGAAGCUAAAACGGAAAGCCAGUCUCGGGCUAGUCCAAAACGUCCUCCUAGUUUGGAUGCCACUGCUUUUGGAUCAGCAGAUGAAACAUCAGCAGGUGACAGACCAGCAAAGUCUCCCAACAUAGAGUCUUCAGAUGCUCCUAAAUGUGAAGAGACUGACAAACUCAGCCCUCUGAAGACUCCUGAGCUGAAGAGCCCUGCAAAAGCAAUGUCUGUCUCAAAACUUGAACAACUUGAUGAGAAACCAAAAGAUGAAGUAUAUGAAAUAGAAAUGAGUGUGGAUGAUGAGAUGAAUAGCUCAAAAGUGAUAAAUGAAAUUUUUGAAGUACUUCAAGAGGAUGGUCCAGACAUAGAAAAGUUGAAGAAAGAAAUGAGCGCGAGCCUGGAAGGUGAAAGUGAUGAGGAUGAGCAGGAAGAGUCACUGAAUAUUUCAUCAAUGUCUCUAUUAACCCCUUUAGUGGAAUCUGUUGGUCCAGAGGCAUUUGUUUCUCCUUGUAAAUCAAAUGGUGAAGGGAGCAGUAUCAGUGAUUUAAGUCUGAAGUCUGAAAAGUUCCAGAGGACUAAAGUCCCCCGGGCAGAAUCUGGAGACAGUAUCGGCUCUCUGUCAGAAGAUCGCAACCUUCUGUAUAGUGUCGAUGCAUAUAGGUCUCAAAGACUUAAAGAAACUGAUCGUCCUUCAAUAAAGCAAAUCAUUAUUCGCAAAGAAGAUGUUGCUUCUAAACUAGAAAUGAGAAAGAAUGGCCCAUCUGAUCAAGUCAAUAUCAAAAAGAAAAUGCAGGAGCUGAAUAAUGAGAUCAACAUGCAGCAGACAGUGAUUUAUCAAGCCAGUCAAGCUCUGAACUGCUGUUUUGAUGAGGAACAUGGGAAGGGGUCACAGGAAGAAGCAGAGGCAGAGAGACUUCUUCUCCUUGCAACUGAGAAGAGAACUGCUUUAUUGGAAGAACUGAAUAAACUGAAGAGUGAGGGACCUCAUAGUAAAAGAAAUAAAGCUGCAUCUACAUCCACUGAAUUUUCUCCAUCCAGGGGAUCAGUUUCCAUUUCAGAAAUACGCCUAGCUCUAAAAGCAGACUUUGUAUGUGGUACGGUUCAAAAGCCAGAAGCAGCAAAUUACUACUAUGUAGUAAUACUGAGAUCUGGAGCAGAAAACAUAGUUGCAACUCCGUUGGCAAGCACUGCGAGCUCCCUGAAUGGAGAUGCUCUUACUUUUACUACAACAUUUACUAUGCACGAUGUGUCAAGUGAUUUUGAAGUAAAUAUAGAAGUUUACAGUUUGGUGCAGAGAAAAGAAGUGGCAAACACUGAUAAAAGGAAAAAGGCAAAUAAAUCCAAGGUUAUUACUCCAAAGAGAUUAUUAACAUCUAUUACCUCUAAAAGCAACCUUCUCACUCCAGCCAUGGCUAGUCCAGGUGGCCCCAACGCUAUACGUACCACUAAUUUCAUCCUUGUUGGGUCUCACAAGCUAUCGCUGUCUUCCGUAGGAAAUACCAAAUUUGCAUUGGACAAGGUUCCCUUUUUGUCUCCGUUGGAAGGUCAUAUACACCUGAAGUUAAAAUGCCAAGUGGAUUCCUCUGUGGAGGAGAAAGGGUUCUUGACUAUGUUUGAAGAUGUUAGUGGAUUCGGAGCAUGGCAUAGGCGCUGGUGUGUGCUGUCUGGAAAUUGUAUAUCUUAUUGGACAUACCCAGAUGAUGAAAGACGAAAGCAUCCUUUGGGCCGAAUAAACUUGGCCAACUGCACUAAUCAUCAGAUUGAACCUGCCAACAGGGAGUUCUGUGCCCGGCCCAACACUUUUGAGCUAAUAACCGUCCGACCUCAGAGGGAAGAUGACAGAGAGACUCUUGUCAGCCAAUGCAGAGACACGCUCUGUGUUACCAAGAACUGGUUGUCUGCUGAUACUAAAGAAGAGCGUAACCUUUGGAUGCAAAAGCUCAACCAAGUCCUUGUGGACCUUCGCAUGUGGCAGCCUGAUGCCUGCUACAAACCUAUUGGAAAGCUUUAAAACUCUGGAAGGAAAAUAUGAAGAAAAUAUGUAUGCAAAAACUUGCAUGAGCUACACAACAAAAAAAAGAACUUAAAUGUAGGAAUUCUGGGUCACUUCUAUGCUUUAAAUUUGAGAGAGUAUUUAACAUUAUACGGGACUAUGUUAUGCAGUAUUUUUAUUUCACUUUAAAAAAAUUAAAAACUUUAAUACUUCCUAGCUUUUGAGUAUGGUAGGAAG